AUGCGGCCCGCGGACCUCGAGGGUCCCCGUGCGCUCGGCGGGCGCCCUCUGCUGCGUCUGCUGCUCCUGCUGUCUCUGCUGCCAAGGCCAGUAACCCGCGCUCAGACCACUCCGGGCACCCCCAGCACCCCAACCACGCCGGGCACCCCCAGGGCCUCGACAGCGCCAGGCACCCCCAGCACUCCAAGUCUGCGGGAGCGCGCGCGGGCCCUGAUGCGGGACUUCCCACUCGUGGACGGCCACAAUGAUAUGCCCCUGGUCCUGAGGCAGUUUUACCACAACAGGCUACAGGAUGUUAAUCUGCACAAUUUCAGCCAUGGCCAGACCAGCCUGGACAGGCUUAGAGAUGGUCUCGUGGGUGCCCAGUUCUGGUCAGCCUACGUCCCAUGCCAGACCCAGGAACGAGAUGCAGUGCGCCUCACACUGGAGCAAAUUGACCUCAUCCACCGUAUGUGUGCCUCCUAUUCUGAGCUGGAGCUUGUGACCUCGGUUAAAGCUCUGAACAGUACCCGAAAGUUGGCUUGCCUCAUUGGUGUGGAGGGUGGCCACUCGCUGGACAGUAGCCUCUCCAUCUUGCGUACCUUCUAUGUGCUGGGUGUGCGCUACCUGACACUCACCCACACCUGCAACACGCCCUGGGCAGAGAGCUCAGCUAAGGGCAUCCACUCCUUCUACAACAAUGUCAGCGGGCUGACCAGCUUUGGUGAGAAGGUGGUGGUGGAAAUGAACCGCCUGGGCAUGAUGGUAGACUUGUCCCAUGUCUCAGAUGCCGUGGCACGGCGGGCCCUGGAAGUGUCACGGGCACCUGUGAUCUUCUCUCACUCAGCUGCCCGGGGUGUAUGCAAGAACGCUCGGAAUGUUCCUGAUGAUAUUCUGCAGCUUCUGAAGAAGAAUGGUGGCAUCGUGAUGGUGUCAUUGUCUGUGGGGGUGCUGCAGUGCAACCUGCAAGCCAACGUGUCCACUGUGGCAGAUCACUUCGACCACAUCAGGAAAGUCAUUGGAUCCAAGUUCAUUGGGAUUGGCGGAGAUUAUGAUGGGGCCGGCCGGUUUCCUCAGGGACUGGAGGACGUGUCCACAUACCCGGUACUGAUAGAAGAGUUGCUUAGUCGUGGCUGGACUGAGGAAGAGCUUCAGGGUGUCCUUCGUGGAAAUCUGCUGCGGGUCUUCGAAGAGGUAGAACAGGUACGGGAGGAAAACAAGAGGCAAAGGCCCUUGGAGGACGAGUUCCCGGAUGAGCAGCUGGGCAGCUCUUGCCGCUCUGUCCUCCCGCAUCUGCAUCAGAGACAGUAUCUGACUCUGGACCAGAAAUUAACCGAGACUCCGACGCAUUGGACACCCAAGUUAUUACCUAAGAAGUCAUUCUCAAAAUCCUCCCCCGACAUGGCCCCAGGCCUGACUGUUAUUGCUGCCUUCCCAGUCCUUAUUCUGUGGCUCUGGUGACUCACUUAAUCCUGCCAGAUGUCACUUUGGCAGCCAUGGACACCCCACAAAGUUCCCCUGUUGUGCAGGCUCAAACAUUUCCCGAAAAUAA